AUGAGGAUUCAACGUAAUCAAUCUCAACCAGUUCCGAGUGACCGUUUCAAAAAUAAAAUAAGUUACAUAUACUAUGGUGCACCCCAAUUCUCAUGUAGUUAUUACGGUAGUCACGUACAGCAAAUUCAGUUUUCCGAAGAUUUGGAUAGAGAUUAUGUAUUUGCAUUAGAACGGUCCCAUAUUGGAACUAUUAAUAAUUACAUAGAAGAAAAUGAGAAAUCUGAAGCUCGAGUUUUGGAUGAGAAGGAAUUAUUAGGAGUCCAGAGGAAUUUUUCGAUAAAGAUUAAUGGUUCAGAUGUUACAGCCACAAUGACGAGUUUAAUACACCCAAAUGGGAAGAUAUCGUUCUAUUAUGAUAACAUUCCUAAGGAAAUUGAGGAAAGUCAGUUGACAUCGAAAAUCAAUGGAAUAGAAAAAUGUGGAAACGGUCUCACAAAGCAUGAGAUAUCUGUUCCAGCAAAAUGGAUCAAAAGUGGUUCGUUGGUGGAGUUUGAAGCCAUCGGAGAAAUUUGUUUGCAAUACAACACAAGUGAAACGUGCCAAAAUGUAACGACAUCAAACAUGACAUGUAUUUGGUGUGAAAAAGGGAGGACGUGUAUAGAAAGUAACGAUCAGAACACUCAUGGCUUCAAAGUGAAUGACUGCCGUGUUGAGGUUGGUACUUGUUAAACUUCAUAGGUCGUUUUCAAUAACCUGAGAUUUCGCAUUCUCCGCAAACGUUUUUAAUGGAAAAAUACUUUCAUUGCUAUCAAUAAGAACUUUCAUGUGUGCCAGCAUCCGUGACUGAAUUGAAGCAAUGUAUACGUGGACGACAUGUAAUCAGAUGUGGGUACAAUGCUUCUUUUUUGUGGAAAAAGUUAUCAAUUAAUCGAAGCAUUACCCACCAUCAUCGUUUAAAAGCGUAUUAUUUCUUCAACUUAGUGAAUGUGUAGUAAUUUAAAAAUCCUUAAUGAAACCGUCAAUGUAUGUCAAUUGUCAUAAUAUACACAUGAAACCAAUUAAAUUGAAGAAGCGUAAACCGUUGAAAACUGUGAAUUACAUCAGGAGAGUUAGUGAAGGUAUUUAGAAUCCCACUGUUGAAUCCCAGAACAAUAACUUCUGAUUCUCUAUUGAAAAAUAUGCAACCUCAAUAGAUUACUUCAAUGAAGCCGUCAAUUAUAAGUCUAUUGAUUUAUAUCAGGAUUGUGAUUAGAUGUGACAUCCGGAACACAGACUUCAACAUAAAAAUAAGUCGUCAACUAGGUGUAGGAUAGAGUUUGCUUAGUACACUUUUUGUCAAAUCGCUUGUAUGAAUGCACAUUCUGCACUGUUUCGUGAAAUUCUAUUUUGUCAUCAUUACUAACAAUGGUGAAAGAAAGAUAUUUGAUGUUCGACAAUGAAUGCUUCUGGUUUAUUUAUUUGGAAGAGCUCGGAUGUCAAGUACUUCCACACUCGUCAAAGACAUUGAAACAACGUUGAGGAGCACUGAAGUUCAGAAUACGUCUACCGGAAUAAUGGAAGAAAAUAAACCACACAAGUCAUAUUGGUAUUUGUACGUUGUAAUUCCUUUGGCCGCCUCUCUGUUUCUUAUAUGCAUCGGUUACAUAAUUUGGAGAUGGUUGCUAAGAAGAAAGAACAGUGGUAAAUGAUCACCAAAAACGGCAUAUAAAUUACUUUCAAAAUUUUGUACACGUUGUGUCAAUAUCAUUUUUCAUUAGAAUACUUUAGAAUUUCAUAUCAUUUGGACAGUUUUAAUUCAU